UCGGUAUAGAAAACGCGAUACAUUAGCAUAAUAUUACGUGUAUACUAUACUAGGGCGUAAUUGCACGGUCAUUUAAUUACACUUGACUUACUGCUAGGAAAAAGAAAAAAGAAUUCGUACAUGCAGCAGUGAAGCUGCGUGCCGCCGCGAUCCGCGAUCGAGAGUGUAUUUAAUGUGUAACUGCCGCCACCGCUCAGGCUCCUGUUGCUGCUCCAAAACAAGUUUCCCCGUUGAUAUUGGAGUCGACUAUUUGUAUACAUGUGCGCGCCUCCAAGUGACCACAAAGUUAAUAAUUAAUCGAAUAGUGUGCAGUGACAUAGUUUGUUGUUAAAUUACCCAUACAUAUCGUUUUCCCUUUUACACGUUUAGUGUGCACAGUUUUAGAGUGAUUUUGUGCCUGGCUGACCACUUUCUGGUGUCUGUAUAACGCAGCUGUCUUGCAACUGCAACGCCGCACGACCAAACCGACAUAUACCCAGCAGGGGCCCACUCGCGACCAUGCACACGCCGUUACUGUACCUGUAAAGUUCUGAGAUGCAUCCGGGUGGGGCGCCCGUCGGACCAAGAGGACCAAGGGCGCAAUUGUGAGUAGAGGAGGCGUUGAGUAUACAAGGCGGGGUGUCAAAGGGCGAAAAUGAGCUAGCGUCCAACCAUGAGCCGGCUAAAGCAGCAGCGGGGCCAGCAGCCGUGGCUACUCGGCGGCUGGCUCCUGCUCUGGCUGCUGCUCGGCACCUGCCGUGCCUCCGACCUGCCCGACUGGCUCGACGACGAGUCAUCCGCCGAUCCACGGAACAACCUCGCCCUGCCGAGCCGUGACCCCGAGACCACCACCAGUACGAUCGGCACGUCAACGGUGCCAGCGAGCCCACAAUGGACAGAGGAUGACGACGACGAUGAUGAGGCUCGUGGGCACAAAGAGCUCGAGUUCCGGUUCACCGCGGGGGUGUACAACGUGAGCAUCCCCGAGAACUCGAUGGGCAAGACGUACGCGGUGCCCGAGGAGAAGAUGGGCAUGGAGUUGGGCAGGGCGGGGCUGCGUAGCCUCGAGGAGAUCAGGUUUAGGAUAGUGUCGGGGGACAAGGACAAGUUCUUCAAGGCGGAGGAGCGCGUGGUGGGGGACUUUUGUUUCCUGCUGCUGCGCACGCGGACGGGGAACGUCGACGUGCUCAACCGGGAGCGGAAGGACCGGUACGUGCUCGAGGUGAGGGCGAGCGCCCGGAGGCGGGGCACGACUGGCGCAAAGGCCACCCUCCUCGAAGCCCAGGCCAGCGUGGUGGUGAGCGUGCUCGACACCAACGAUCUCAGUCCCUUGUUCUACCCGACCGAGUACGAGGCCAGCGUGCCCGAGGACACGCCCACGCACAGGAGUGUACUCAAGGUCGCGGCCGAGGACGCGGACCUCGGGAGGAACGGCGAGAUAUACUACAGCUUCGCCGAGAGGACCGAGCAGUUUGCCGUGCACCCGGUCAGCGGCGUCGUCAGUCUCACGAGGCCGCUCAGGUACGUGGAGCGGCCGAUGUACGAGCUGACCGUGCUGGCUCGGGACCGAGGAGGCGAGCGUAAGGGCCAGCUAUCGCGCCCGGCGAGCAGCGCCCGCGUCACCAUCCACGUCCGCCAGGUGAACCUCCACGCGCCCGAGAUCUCGGUGCGCCAGCUGCCCGAGAUCCUGGAGGAGUCGAGCGGCGCCGAGACCUACGCCCUGGUGCGCGUCCGCGACCGGGACGCCGGCCCCCACGGCCAAAUCGCCAGCCUCGAGAUCGUCUCGGGCGAUCCCGACGGCCACUUUCGGGUGCGCCGCUCGCCCCGGGGCAACAGCACCAACUCCGAGGGCACCGAGUUCAGCGUUCAAGUGCUGAAGCUGCUCGACCGCGAGGCCGCGCCUCAGGGCUACAAUUUGACCUUGCGCGCCCUCGACCGGGGCACGCCCCCGCGGUUCAGCUACCGAUCGCUCCAGGUGCGCCUGGCCGAUCUGAACGACAACGCGCCGGUCUUUGGCCGGGAGCUUUACGAGGUGAGGGUGCCCGAAACCGCCCCGCCGCACAGUCCCCUGGUGAGGUUGCGGGUCACCGAUGCGGACAACGGUCGCAACGGGCUGGUGUUCCUCGAGAUCGCCGCGGGCAACGACGGCUCCGAGUUUUACCUGAACGCGGACUCGGGCAUGCUGUACAGCGCGCGCUCCCUCGACGCCGAGAGCAAGGCCUUCUACACCCUGGCCGUCUCGGCUGUGGAUCAGGGUAACGCCGGGAGCCGCAAGCAGAGCUCCGCCAAGGUCAAGGUCCACGUGCUCGACGCCAACGACAACGAUCCAGAAUUCGAGCACUCGGAGCUCGAGGUGUGGCUGGACGAGAACGAGCCCGCCGGCGCCUCGGUGGCCCGACUCCAGGCCCGCGACCGCGACUCGGGCGAGAACGCCUACGUCAGCUACAGCAUCGACAACCUCGCCCGCGUCCCCUUCGACAUCGAGCCCUUCUCCGGCCUAGUCCGCACCCGCCAGCUACUCGACUACGAAGCCGGCCGACGCGAGUACCUCCUCCGCGUGCGAGCCAGCGACUGGGGACUGCCCUACCGCCGCCAGAGCGAAGCCCGCCUCCGCGUCCACCUCCGCAACGUCAACGACAACAGGCCCCAAUUCGAGCGCGUCGACUGCACCGGCCGCGUCUCCCGCCGGCUCCCCGUCGGCGCCGAGCUCCUCGCCCUCUCCGCCCUCGACCUCGACCCCGGCAGCGCCAUCAGCUACCGACUCGUCUCCGGCAACGCCGACGCCUGCUUCGCCCUCGACCCCGCCACCGGCGUCCUCUCCCUCGCCUGCAGCCUCGCCGACCUCGGGGCCCGCGAGCGCGAGCUCGGCGUCACCGCCACCGACGGCACCCACUUUGCCGACGUCAACCGCCUCCGCAUCAAACUCGACGACAACGAGCCCGCCGACGCCCCCAAGGAGACCACCCCACCGGCACCCCGGUUCGACUGCCGCGAGACCGGGGUCGCCCGCCGCCUCACCGAGGCCAUCGCCGCCGCCGAGCGCAACAACGCCCCCGAGCAAGAGGACGAGGCCCUGCCCAGCCGGUACGGCGACAACCUCCACGCCCCCGAGUUCCUCGACUUCCCCGGGGAGAUCCGCGUCAACGAGUCUGCCCCCGUGGGCCAGCUGCUCGCCCGGCUCCAGGCCCGCGACCGCGACCUCGGCUACAACGGGAAACUCGUCUACGGGAUCUCGGCGGGCGACGGCGACUCGGCCUUUGGCCUCGAGCCCGACACGGGCGAGCUACGGCUCAUCGGCCGGCUCGACCGGGAGCGCGAGGCCGAGUACUACCUCAACGUGAGCGUCUACGACCUGGGCAGGCCCCAAAAAUCCGCGUCCCGCAUGCUCGCCGUCACCGUGCUCGACGUCAACGACAACGCCCCGCGCUUCGACCGGCCCCUGGCGAGCGUCCGUCUGUCCGAGGACGCGGCCCCGGGGAGUCUGGUGUUCCGGGCCAGUGCCACCGAUGCCGAUCUUGGCCUGAACGCGCGCAUCUCUUACGCUCUGCUGUCCGACGCGGCCGAUUUUACGGUGGACGCGGAGACGGGGGAGGUGCGGACGGCCGGGCCCCUGGACAGAGAGCGCCGGGCCAGUUACGAGCUGCGCGUGCGGGCGAGCGACAGGGCCGGGGCGUCGGGGGAGGAGGCGCGGUUGCACGCCGAGGCCCUGGUGCGGGUGGGGGUGGACGACGUGAACGACAACGCGCCGAGCUUCGCCCUGCCGAGUUACACGGUGAGGGUGCGGGAGGACGUGCCGCUGUGGAGCGUCGUGGCGUUCGUGGAGGCGCUGGACCCGGACGAGGGCCCGGCCGGGGAGGUCGAGUACCGCUUCGCCGAGGAGGCCGAGGGCUUCUUCAGCCUCGACGGGCUGAGCGGGACCGUGCGCACGGCCCGACCGCUGGACUUUGAGGAGCGCCAGGUGCACACGCUGACGCUGGUGGCUAGUGACAGGGGCGAGCCGCGUGCUUUGAGCUCCGAGGCGGUGCUCAUCGUGGAAGUGGUGGACGUCAACGAGAACCUGCACGCGCCGCAGUUCGAGGAUUUCGUGGUGUCGGCCAGCGUCCCGGAGAACCGGCCGCCCGGUACUUUCGUGACGCAGGUCCGGGCGAGGGACGCGGACCCCCCGGGCCCGGACUCCAGGGUGGAGUACAGCAUCCGCGCGGGCGACGGCGUCGGGCUCUUUGGCAUCGACGACGAAGGAAAGAUAAAGACCAAAGCGGCUCUCGACGUGGAAGCCAAGAGCGGCUACUGGCUCACGGUUUACGCUCAGGAUCACGGCGUCGUGCCGCUGAGCUCGAAAUUACAGGUGUACGUCGAGGUAUUGGACGAGAACGACAACACGCCACUCACCGAACUGCCGGUCUAUUAUCCGUCGGUAUCGGAAAAUUCGCCGGCCGGCGUGAGCGUGCUCCAGAUGCGGGCCUUCGACCGCGACGUCUCGCCGCAACGGUUCACCUUUUCCAUCACGAGCGGCAACGCGGAAGGCUACUUUCUCAUCAACUCGACCACUGGGUUGAUAACGACGAGCGCCCGGAUGCUGGACCGGGAAAACCAAGCGGAGCACAUACUCGAGGUGACGGUGAAGGACGACGGGAGGCCAGCCCUGUCCUCGAUGACGCGCGUCGUCGUUCAAGUUGAGGACGUCAACGACCACAGCCCCGUGUUCGAGGAGAAGUUCUACAUCGUCCAAAUUCCAGCUUUGCCGAGUCCCGACAAGCCGCUUUUCCAGAAGUCGGGACGAGAAAAAUCGCGGGAGUCCGACGUAUUUACGGACGCGUUGCUUGAGAACGGGACUUGGGAGACCUUUAGCCCCGACGACCUGUCGGGGGAGCGCAUCUUCAGGGUAUUGGCCCACGACGCCGAUACGGGAAAUAACGGGAAAAUCCAGUACAGCAUCAAAAGCGGCAAGGGCAAGGGCAAGUUCAAAAUCCACCCGGACACGGGAAUGGUUUACUCGCGGCGGGAAUUCGAGGCCGGCCAGGAGUUCGACAUGAUCAUCCGGGCCGCGGACGGGGGUGAGCCGGUGCGCAGCCACCAGGCGCGAAUAUCGGUACAGGUGGUCGAGACGCCCAAGGAAUCGGCCCACGCGCCCGUCUUCAAGAGCCCCACCCAGAGCGUCGUGGUCACCGAGAGCGACAGCGUCGGCUUCCUCGUCGCCCUCGUGCAGGCCACCGACAAGGACAACGACAGCCUCUGGUACGACAUCAUAGACGGGGAUCCGCGGGACGAGUUCAUCGUCGGCAGGGACAGCGGCAACGUGCUGCUGGCCCGGCAGCUCGACUGGGAGGCCCAGAGCUCGUACAACCUGACGAUCGCGGCGAGCGACGGGGUCAACGAGGCGCGCGCCACCCUCCUCGUCCGGGUGAUCGACGUGAACGACCAGCGGCCCGAGUUCAGCAAACCCGUCUACCGGCUCGAGGUCUCGGAGAACCUCGUCGGCCGGGGCGAGCCCAUCCUCCAGCUGGAGGCGCGCGACCGCGACGAGGACGAGCGCCUCUUCUUCUCCCUCCACAACGCCCAGAGUCCCGCGAGUUUGCGCGUCUUCCACGUGGACGGGCUGACCGGCAGCCUCGGUCUCAACGAGCCCCUGGACCGCGAGACCAUCGAGACGCACGUUCUCACGGUCAUGGUGCGCGACCAGGGCACCCCACCCAAACGGAACUACGCCCGGGUCAUCGUCCGCGUCCACGACCACAACGACCACGCGCCGAGUUUCGCGAGCGAGCUCGUCCAGGCCAAGGUGUACGAGAGCUCGCCCGUGGGCGCGGCGGUGGUCCAGCUGGUCGCGGUGGACCGGGACCGCGGGGAGAACGCCCGGGUCAGUUACUCCCUGAGCUCGGGCAACGUCGGCAGCGUUUUCUCGAUCGAGCCCGAGCUCGGCAUUGUGCGGGUGGCCCGCGAGCUGGACCUCGCCACGGCCUCGGAGUACAUACUGAUCGUGCGGGCCCAGGACCACGGGAAACCGGCUCUGGGGAGUAGCGUGCCGGUGCACGUGAUGGUGACGAUGGCGGACAACGCGCCGCCGCGCUUCCUCCGCUCGGAACUGUCGGCGGAGAUCUUUGAGAACGAGGAGCCGGGCAGCUCGGUGAGACACGUCGAGGCGCGCUCGACGUCCUCCCUCCACUUUGAGAUCGUCGCGGGCAACAACGACGACGCCUUCUUCGUCAAUCCGAGCAGUGGCCUGGUCAGCACCCAAGAGCGGCUGGAUUACGAGCAGCAGCGCAUGUACAAUCUCACGAUUUCGGCGACAAGCAUGGCCGGGGCGGUCGCCACCUCGAGCCUCGUCGUCCACGUGCUCGACCGCAACGACAACGCGCCGACCUUCCUCCAGGCCGUCUACGCUGGCCAGGUGAGCGAGGCCGCUGGAGUAGGUUCCUUGGUCUUUGGUGCCAACAGUUCGAGCGCGCCUCUGGUGAUCAAAGCGGAGGACGCGGACUCGGGACUGAACGCUCUGCUGGACUACGAGAUCGUGGAGGAGCUUCCGCGCAAGUUCUUCCACAUAGACUCGAGCACGGGGGCCAUUCGCACCGUGAUGCUGCUCGAUCACGAGGUCACGCCCGAGUUUGAGUUCCACGUGAGGGUUUCGGACCUGGGCAAGCCAAGCCUCUCCUCGGAGAGCACCGCGAGGGUCGUGAUCAGCGUGGGCGACGUCAAUGAUUGUCCGCCAAAGUUCGUCCAGUCGAGCUACAACGUGACGGUGCUGCUGCCCACCUGGAAAAACGUGGCUGUUGUUAAGCUUGAGGCCGUGGAUCCCGACACCACCAGUGCCACGGCCGCCGCUACGGCUACCCUCUCCGGCCAACCGAUCUUGAGGUACGACAUCAUUGACGGGAACCAGAACCACGCCUUCAGCAUCGAUUCUCGGACCGGGGCAGUGACGAUCAACAAUCCCAGCGACAUGAGGAGCGAGUACGUGCUUCACGUGAGGGCGUCCGAUGGCGAGUACUCGAGUAUCGCCCAGGUCAACGUCGUGGUCGAAAAGUCGGAGAGUUCGGGCCUUGCCUUCCAAAAAGACGUGUACGAAGGUACCGUCGUCGAAAAUUCCACGAAAAUCACGACUGUCGCGGUUCUCAACGUGCUGGGGACCAGUCUGAACGAGCACGUCGUCUUCACGAUACUCAAUCCCACCGACAUGUUUGUCAUCGGACCGACUUCCGGAGCCGUCAGUACAACGGGGAAUCGAUUCGAUCGCGAAACUAGCGACAAGUACGAGCUGAUCGUCGAGGCCAAGAGCCAAGUGCCUAAGCAAAGAAUUGCUCACGUCAUAGUCAACGUCACGGUUUUGGAUAUUAAUGAUAAUUGUCCCAUAUUUGUUAACUUGCCCUACUACGCGGUCGCUUCCGUUGACGCGCAAAAAAGCGACGUUAUCAUCAAGGUGCAUGCAGUUGAUUUGGAUAGCGGGGAUAACGGGGAAGUCAGGUACGAGCUGAAAAAGGGUAACGGCGAGCUUUUCAAGGUGUCCCGGAAAUCGGGGGAAAUAUCGCUGAAGCAAAAUCUCGAGGGUCACAAUCGGGAAUACCAAUUGACCAUAGCCGCGUACGACGGAGGAAUAAGUCCAUGUUCGGUGGAAGUGCCCGUCAACAUCAAGGUCAUUGACCGUUCCAUGCCAAUUUUUGAUAAGCAAUUUUAUACGGAUAGUGUUCCUGAAAACAUUGAGAUUCAUUCGCCACUAGCUCUCUCGAUACAAGCUCAAUCGCCUUUGAAUCGAAAACUCAUCUACAGCAUCCCCAAGGGCAACGACUUUGAAGAAUUUGCUCUAGACUUCAACACAGCCCUCGACAGUAACAAUGGUCCCUGUGUGAUCUACGUGGUGGACGAGCUGGACUACGAGCGCAAGAAACAAUACGAGCUGACGGUACGCGCGACGGACAGCGUCUCGGGCGUCUACGCGGAGGUCCUCGUCUCGAUCCUCGUGCAGGACGUGAACGAUUGCCCGCCCGAGUUCGGCCAGGACUCGUACAACAUAUCCGUCUCGGAGGCAGCGCUCUUCGGCACGGAGCUGCUGCGGCUGAACGUCCGCGACAACGACACAGGCCUGAACGCCCGGGUGCGCUACUCCAUCGCCAACAGCACUGGGGAAAACGACUCUGGAGAGGAGGAUGCCCACGAGAUCUUUCACCUCGAGCCGGACGAGGGAGUCCUGUAUCUCAAACGCUCCCUGGACCACGAGGCUGCGCCAUCCCACCACUUUACCCUCGUAGCCACGGAUCGAGGCGUGCCGGCUCUGUCGAGCACGGCCCACGUUUGGCUGAGCGUCCUCGACGUCAACGACAACGCGCCCCUCUUCGAGCAGCCAUCCUACGCCUGCCGGCUCUCCGAGGAGGCCGUUCGGGGCCAGUUUGUCGCGGCCCUGGCAGCUUCCGACCCCGACGAGCUUGACGCCGGUAGGUUGAUGUACAGCAUCGUCGCCGGUAACGACCAGCAGACCUACGCCGUCGAGCCACGCACGGGCAUGCUCAGCCUCGUCAACAUGCAGAGCUUCGCGGUGGGCCACUCGGCCUCGCUCAACGUGUCGGUCAGCGACGGCGUUUACACGAGCUACGCGCGUCUCAAGAUAGAUAUCUUGCCGGCGAACCGGCACGCGCCCGCAUUCCAGCUGCCGCUGCUCGAGGCGUCGGUGCCGGAGAACCAGUUGGCUGGGCGUCUAGUGACCACAGUGCGAGCCGAAGAUCGGGACUUUGGCGAGUACGGGACGAUCCACUACUCCAUUGCUUCGGAACUCAUGGCCGAGCUCUUUCACGUGGAUCCAGAGAGCGGCCAGGUCGUGACGCGUCGACCGCUGGAUCGCGAGCGCCAGAGGCUGUACGAGCUGCCGAUUAUGGCUAGCGACGCCGGGGGCAAGUCUGGCUUCCAGAUGCUGCGCGUCAGAGUUGCCGACGAAAACGACAAUGUACCUCAGUUUCUACUCAGCGAGUACAAGGCCUGCAUUCACGCGAACCUGAGCGUCGAUGCCGUCAUUAUGAGGCUGAAGGCUCAGGACAUUGACGAGGGUGACAAUGCGAGAAUCGAGUACUCCAUAUUCGAGUCCCCGGCCUCCAAGAACAAGAGCAUCUUUGGCAUCAAUCCCAGUACCGGAGCACUCGUUCUCAAGGAGAGCGCCCAACAAUUUGAGAACCAGAUGUUUCAGCUGUUUGUGCGAGCACAGGACAAGGGCUCGAUGCCACAUCACGUUGACGUGCCUGUAAAUGUAUUCGUGAUGGGCUCUGAGGACGUGCCGCCGCUUUUUGAGCGCAACGAGGACAAAUUUUUCGUGUCGGAGGCAUCCGCGGUCGGAACAACUGUCACACUCUUGAAGACGAUAACGGGCGCCAAUAGUACGGUCACGUGUCGUCUGAUUUCAACGGGCGACAAUUUCCCAUUCGCCGUCGAUCCCAAAACCUGUCGUGUUUACCUUUCGGCGGGUUUGGAUCGAGAGACGAAGCAGAGUUAUCUGGUAGGCGUGUUGGCCGAGACGGACUCGAGCCCGCCUCUGACUGCACUGGCUGAAAUAAGCCUCCAAGUGUCGGACGAAAACGAUCACGCGCCCAAGUUCGAGAGCAACCCCUACAGCAUCGCCGUGGCCGAGAACAUCGACGAUAGCACGUCAAUUCUGAAGGUCAUUGCCCACGACAACGACUUGGGCAGCAACGGGGAAGUUCGUUACUCGCUCGGCUCGGACGUCGGAGAGCUGGCCAAUGUGUUCACGGUCGAUCCUUACACGGGCUGGAUCUCGAAUUUGGUGCAACUGGACAAGGAAAAACAGUCAGAGUACAAACUCCAGGUCGUAGCGACGGACAACGGAAAUCCGCGCCACUUUGCCCGUACCACCGUGCUGAUCAAGUUGAAGGACUACAACGAUCAUCCGUCCGCGUUCCUGAGCACAAAUUACCACACGAGCGUCAAAGAAGACGCCCUACCCGGGACAGUCGUACUCGAACUCACGACCGUCGACAAGGACGUCGACCUCGAAACGCCGCUUGACUUUUACAUAACAGCUGGUAAUCCGCGCUCACAGUUUGCGAUUCGCUCCACCGGGCAGAUAUACGUAGCCAAGGCUUUGGAUCGCGAGACCAUCGAUCAAUACGAUCUGACGGUUGUCGGGACCGACGGGAAAUUUGUCUUUCAGACUCUCGUCACGAUCCAAGUGAUGGACGUCAAUGACAAUCCACCCUACUGUCUGCGAUACCGAUACAGGGAAGUGCUGUCCGAAGGCGCCCAUCCAGGUAGCUACGUUCUUACCGUUCUCGCGACCGACUACGACAGCGAGCCGAACGCGAAACUGCGCUUCUACCUCACCGGCGAGAACAACGACAAAUUUUCGCUGGACAAGGAAACCGGGGUGCUCAAGACCGCUGGCCAACUCGAUCGCGAGAGCCAAGCAAAGUACGUGCUCACGGCUCACGUGCAAGAUCGCAACAAGCCCGCCUGGGAGUGCUCCUCGCAGCUCGAAAUUCUGGUCUCGGAUCUCAACGACAACGCGCCACGGUUCAGCAUGUCGUUUUACAGCGCGAUGCUGCCCGAGGACGUCGAGAUCGGUACUCUCGUAACCAAGGUUCACGCGACGGACGACGACGUGGGCAUCAAUCGCAAGAUACGGUACGAGUUCCUCGAUUCGGCCAACGAUCACUUCGUCAUAGCCUCCGACAGCGGUAUAGUGACGCUGGCCAAGCCUCUUGAUCGCGAAACCAAAGCAAUGUACAACGUCAGCAUCCAGGCGUUGGAUCAGGGCACGCCUCAGCUGCAAAACACGACCUACUUGAUAAUCAACGUUCAGGACAUCAAUGACAAUCCACCAGAGUUCACCUCCAAGUACUACUUUGCUCGAGUGCCCGAGGUCGAUCCCGUGGGCACCCAAGUCAUUCGAGUUCUGGCUACUUCCAAGGAUACGGGAGUCAACGCGGACGUGUACUACUCUAUCGUCGGUGGGAACGAGCACAAGAAAUUCCAGAUCGACAAAAACACCGGGAUCGUUUCGAUUGCCGAUCAACUUGAUUACGAGAGAGCAAAGGAUUACUUUCUGACCAUACAAGCCAUAGACGGCGGAACUCCACCCCUGACGAAUCACGCCAACGUUAAUGUUACCAUUUUAGACAGCAACGACAAUCCACCGAUGUUCAGCCAGUCGUCCUACCGAGCUACUGUAAGAGAAGACGCUGGCGUCGGAGAGAAGGUUGUGCAGGUAUUGGCAAACGAUCUGGACAGCAACGAGAACGGCCAAGUCAACUACUCGAUCGAGCGGGGUGACCGCCAGAAGCAGUUUGCGAUAAACUCUGCCACCGGUGAGAUCACAGUGCUCGGGGAACUGGACCGCGAGAAAAUGGCUAGCUACGCCCUGGAGGUGCACGCCCGUGACAAUGGCAUUCCCACCUUGUCGAACUACGUGAUCGUCAACGUUGAAAUUCUAGACGCCAACGACAACCCACCUCUCUUCUCGAAGAGCAACUACACGGCCGUGGUUCAGGAGGACAAGCCCCAGGGCUUUGUCGUGCUCCGCCUCAACGUUACGGACGCGGACGUGGAUCCGAACGCUGGGCCUUACGCCUUUGACUUUCGCUCGGGCAACGAGGGCAAUGCCUUUCGACUUGAACAGGACGGCACCCUGCGCACCGCUACCAAAUUCAGCAACCGUUUCAAAGACAAGUACCUACUGAGCAUCCGCGUUUUCGACAACGGCAGCCCGCCUCUCUUCUCCGAUACUUGGGUGCUCGUUCAGAUAAUCGAAGAGUCCCAAUACCCGCCCGUCAUCAGCCUUUCGGAGAUCAACAUUAAUUCGUACAUGGAUGAGUACCCGGGAGGCCCGAUUGGCAAAGUACACGCCUCUGACAAGGACCACUACGACACGCUUACAUACGGCCUGGUGCCAACGUCUCCGACCCGCCCCAACAACGAGCUCUUCAAGAUAGACAAGAGAAACGGCACGUUGUUCGCGAUGCCGGGUCUCGACGUGGGCGAGUACCGCGUCAAUGUCAGCGUCACCGACUGCAAGUUUACCUCGUACUCGAUCGUCAAGGUGAGCGUGGAACUAAUCACAGACGUCAUGCUAGAGAACUCGGUGAUUGUGCGCUUUCGCGAGGUCUCCGCGGAAGAUUUCAUCAUGAAGCAUCGAAAAGGAUUCGUACGCACGGUACGCAACGCCAUGAACUGCCGAAUUAAGGACGUGGCCGUGCUCAGUGUGCAACCGUCGACGGAUUCCGAGAUGAACAACGUCAUCAAGACUCGUCCCGUCAGACAGGCGACGACCGUAGUACACAGCGAUCUCGAUGUGCUCUUUGCGGUGAGGAAGUCAACCAGCCCGAGCGAGUUUUACGGCUCCGAGAGCAUUCGCGAGGCGCUUAAUCAGCGCAUCGAUGAGCUCGAGGCCUCGACAAAGCUCGUUGUCGAGGAAAUCGUGAGAAAAAAGUGCAGCAAGAGCUACUGCGUCUACGGCGAGUGUCACGACAGGAUUGUCCUCGAGCCACGGCAGAUCCAGCCCAUCGUGGCCGACGCGGUGAGCUUCGUGACACCCAAGCAUCGACACCGCACCGACUGCAGCUGCAAGGAAGGCUACGCCGGCUCGCAUUGCGAAAUAGUCGUGAACGAGUGCGCUCGCAGUCCCUGUCCCGUGUUCAAGGUCUGCGUACCUGAUUCAUCGCUACAGGGCUACUCGUGCCAGUGCCCCGGAGGCUUUGGCGGUCAGGCCUGCGACAUUGACAUCUCGCGCUGCCACGACGAGUCCUGUUACAUUCCGCUCUACCCGGUUUCCUUUAGCGGCAAGAGUUACGCGCGCUACCGCAUCGACAAGACCCUCGUGCGCCAGACCAUCGAGGACCGGCUGAGUCUGUCGCUACGCAUCCGCAGCCUCCAGCCCAGUGGCAGCCUCAUGUACGCCGCGGGUAAGGUCGACUACAACGUCCUCGAGAUCGUCAACGGGGCGGUGCAGUAUCGGUUUGACUUGGGCAGUGGUGAGGGUAUCGUGCGCGUCAACACCUUUUACGUGAGCGACGGACAGUGGCACGAGAUCAAGCUCGAGCGCGAGGGGAACAGUGCCAGCCUGAAGAUCGACGGCAGGCACGUGGCCCAUGGCUCCGCGCCUGGCACCAGCGGCAUCCUCAGCCUCCAGUCGGACGAACUGUAUCUUGGUGCUGAGGUACGCCAGCACCCCUCGAUCAUCGGCUUCGAGGACGUGCAGCGCGGCUUCAUUGGAUGUAUGGACGACGUUCUCAUCGGUCGGGUAUCCGUGCCUCUACACAUGAGUGGCUCUGCCAGCGGUCUAGUAGUCUUGAAGCGCUUUGCAAACGUGGAGUUCAGUUGCGAGGCCAGUGCGGUGCUGGCUACCCCUGGGGCCUGCGGCUCUCAGCCUUGCCAGAACGGUGGCACCUGCUCCGAGAGCAAGACCGAAGACGCCGGCUACGAGUGCCAGUGCCACACACGGUUCCGGGGUCCGAGCUGCGAGAUAGAUACCGAUCCCUGUGCUUCCUCGCCUUGCCUCUACGGUGGCCGGUGUCGGGUGCUCCGCGAACCCGGAGAGUUUGCUUGCGAGUGCGUGACCGGUCUCUCGGGCAAGCGCUGCGAAUUCGGCAGGUACUGCAACCCGAAUCCCUGUCUCCACGCAGGCGUCUGCGAGGAAGGCGACAGUGGUCCUCUUUGCAAGUGCCAGGGCUUCGCGGGUGAGCACUGCGAACUCGACGUGGACGAGUGCGAAAAGAGCCCCUGCUCGAACGGCGGUACUUGCGUGAACGAGCCCGGCUCCUACCACUGCGUCUGUCCACCCGCAAUGACCGGAUUGGACUGCGCCAAUCCCGCUGGCUACAGCACGGCCCUCAUAACCAGUCAUCUGCGCGUCACCUGGGAGCAGCUCAUGUGGAUCGGGCUCGCCGUCCUGGCCAACCUCUUCCUCAUCGUGCUGUUUGUCGCGUUCCGGAGCAUUCGCGGCAAGAGGUCGCGCACGAGAGAAGCCAACAACAUCAACAACGAGACCAGGAAGCAGAUCGUCCUGAAUUCGGCCAGACCCGCGAACGAGCACGAGUACAAGCGCAGCUCCAAACUCAGCAAUCUCGAGGUCGUGCAGAGAGAAUGUCCUCCCCAGUGUCCUCCCCGUCCCGUAUCCUACACCCCGUUGACCAACAACGAGCAGGUACUGCUGGGCUGCAGUAGUAGCGCGGCCGUGGCCCUGAACAACCUCGAUACCUUGCGUAGCUACGGCAGCGCCGGAGACGAGCUCGAGAAUUUCCCACCGGAUUACUUGCGCAACUUGAACCGCAGCACGCCCGUCCCGCCACCGGGUUGCACGAUGCCGACGAGCGCCAACGCCGGCAAUCCCCUCAACGUGGACCUCGUGCCCAUCGAAAAGCCCAGCUGGCAGGAGCAGAUGCAUCUCGCCUCGUUCAUCAGCGACUCCAACAAAAUCAAAAACGACCUGAAACGAGCUAGCCCAGUGGUACCAGAACCGACCACUGGAGGACUUUUACUGAAUCCGAUACGCCGAGCGACCACGGCUACACACGGGGGUGGCACCUCGAUAGCCUCGCUUUCCUCGAUCGAGGACGAUCCUCGUAUCGUCGGUGGUUACCACUGGGAUUGCUCAGAUUGGGUCCGACCGAGUCAAAAUCCCCUGCCUAACAUUACGGAAGUACCGGGGAGCGAAGUGCCCGAUUCUUCCAGUUUUCACAGUAACGAGAGUAACGAGUCCAACUCUCAUCAGAUGCCUCUGCUGAAAGGUCCCGUAGACCCGACGCGUGACAUCGAGACCCUCAACGAGGAUCAGGAGUCAGAGUACGUCGGCGACUCGGAGUGCGGCACCGAUCUGUCCGACCACUUCCUAUCGCACAAACAGCAGCAACAGCACUGCCUCUCCGAGAGCCAGCCACUUAACCCGCUGGACAGCGGUGGCGAGGCCGAGUACAAGUACAAGAGCUCCGAGAGCUACCUUCGACACCCCAACUCCUACCUACCUCACUACAACAUUCACACAGAUACGGAGAACGAGGGCCUGGCGACGAUACCGUUGAACGGCAAUUGUCUUGGAAACCUCAUCUCCGACGAUGACGAGCUGGAUAACGAGGAGGAGGACGACGACGAUGACAAUGUAGUGCCUUAUGGUUUUCCGAGCGUGCGGCGCAACCGUUGCCCUCGCAAGCGCCUCGGCGACAACUCGGAACUCGACUCGGUGCUCACGAGCUUCGAAGAGAGAAAUUCGCUUCUUGGGCCUGCGAACAACAGUAAUAGCGACCUCUCUACGAACCUCUGCGAGAUCGAUGACUCCGAGUUCGAGAUCGCCCAGCAAAAGAGCAACGGCCGGGCUUGGCUCGCGACCGGCGGGGUCACGCAAACCUCCGUCUGACCAACUGCCCUUUCGUUCGUUCUGAGCUGCACGUUGGCCGUUCACUGUAAAUAUCGCGUAGUCUAUAAUAUACUACUUUAGACGCAUGCAGCUAUUGCUGCGCUAGAAAAUUCGAAACUCUGUACAGUCCGCGCUUCUAGUGAUUUAAAAUUUAUACACACAUAAGUCUAUUUUUUGCUUUCUCUCGUGUUUCUUGUAUUUCUCGACGCCGUGUUUUUAAGAACAACUCUUCGUUUUCAGUACUUAAUAAAGAGAAAACACUUAACUUGGCUGAGCUUUUACUGCAAGCGACGCUGUGUAAAAAGACUAAGUUUGAUAAUUUUUUUUACGACGUGCUUUCAUGAUUUACAUAAUUUUAUACAUAAUGAUGAAACUUGCGACGUAAAAAUGUGAUGAUAAUAAUGCUGAUUAGUUUAUGAUUAAAAUGCCAUGGCGAUAGUGUACAAAUGCACAUGGAAUUUGAACAUGGUUGUUUCCACCUGUUUAUCUGGAUGAAUGAUACAUGUACUAUAUCUAAAUAUCGUAAAGCACCUACUGCCUUACUCGAAAUAUCUCAAACUAUUCCAAUGUACAUAAAAAUACAAGGUGCUGUACUAAGAAUUUUUCAAAAAUCCAUCAUUUCUCUCUUCAAAAGACUGGCUACAAAUUCCUAUUAUUGCACUUGAAUACUGCUAAUUUUGUUAUACAACAAAUUGUAAGUACAUUACUUCCGUAAUAUUAAUUUUAAAAAUUAAAAAGAGUUAUAAAAUAUUUCGAUUCAUUCCGAAGUAUUAAUUUGUUGCAUUACAAUUUUAUUUAUUAAAAUAAGCGUCAUCAAAAGCAGCUUCGUUAGAAUUCAGAUAUAAUUUAUACGUAUUUUUACGUAUGUGACAUACAAUGUUGU